UUUCAGUACAGUAGGACGGAGUUGACCGGGUUUAUGAUUAAUAUUUUAGUGAGACCAUUAAUUGCUCCUGUGAUGUGAAAAUGUGUCACACAUUUCAAAGCUACAGAUUUUCGUGUAAUUUACCAUGCACGUCUGUAGAAUAAGAAGGAAUAUAGUUUGUUAUAUUGUUCUUCUGCUAUUGUUAUUUUGUUGUGUGUUUAUUUAUCUACGAAGACCAAAAAGGGAGGAAAGUUUACAUGUGCAGACAGAAAAUCAAAUCUGGAAGGAAAAAUGUUUGCUACCAUCUAAAGUAGAAUUACCAAACCUGCCUCACUCCAAACUGGCAUCAUUAUACCACGAAUACAUUUCAAGCUUACAGUUCGGAUGUGACAGUAUCAUACGACUAGGAGAGGAAGCCGAUGGCGGUUGGGAUAUCUGUGAUGAUACCCCAUACAGACCAGGCGCCCAGUGCCUUGUGUAUUCCUUUGGAAUAGAUUAUGAUUUUAGCUUUGACGAUGCCAUCGCCAAGAAGUAUGGAUGUGAGGUGCACUCGUUUGAUCCAAGUAUGAAAGUAAAAGAGGGACUUAGGACAAAAAAUGUCUGGUUCCAUCCGUAUGCUAUAGGACCAAAUACACAGAUACAACGUGGUAGUCAUUGGCCAAUGUUUACCCUAAAAGAUUUAAAGAUCAAACUGAACCAUCAAAAUAGACCAUUGACAGCUGUGAAACUUGACGUAGAAGAAUGGGAAAUGUUUGCUUUGCCGAACAUGAUAUCAGCUGGUAACCUGAAGUCAGUCAAGCAGCUUCUGCUAGAAUUUCAUAUUACAAUGCGACCAGAACCUGAUAAACAAAGAUAUAUUCGGGGACUAAACAUAUUGAUAGAUUUGUUUGAUGAAGGAUUUAAAAUAUUUUGGACCAAGAAAAAUUUAUUUUGUAGAUUUACAUCUCUUGAAGGAGAUAUAGAGAGGACAGGGUGUCACGAACUAUCAUUUGUGAAUAUCAAUACAUUGAAAACUGAUCUUUAAUGAAUAACACUGUAAUUUGACAAACAUAUCAUGCCUAUUUAAAGAGGUGGCAAGAAAGAAGUCGAAAUGUCUCUCGUUGGGUAGCGUGUUUAUUCCUGAAAUUUAUACUUAAUCAUAACACCAUAUCACGUACUAACGAAGAUUAUUCGAUAAAGAAAUAUAUGGAUUGCAGCUUUUAAAAUCUUUCAAAUAUAUUACGUUUAAUCAUUUCUUUAUAUAGGUUUAUAUACUCGUGGGGAACUUUAUGAUAAAAGAAUAAAAAUAUGUUUGUCAUAAAUUAAAUAUUAAAGUAAGGGGCUUAAAUUUGGUGAGAGAAAAAAAAUGGGGUCAUCAUUCAUCUAAGCUCAAAAUCGGCUGUAAAAUAGUAGAGUUAUUUUUUGCAUUUGAAAAUAGGGAAAAUAGAGGUGUUGACAUAUUCAAAUCGAAUAUUUAUAUAGACAAAUAUUUGUAUUUUUUUUCAAAUGUAAAUUUUAGAAAGUUUCGAAACAAGUAAAGUAGAUGCCACAUUCAAAACAAAAUUGUAAAUAAAAGUCCAAAUGUAAGCCUCCUAUAUAGUAAAUCAAAAUUAUUCGACAAAUAUCUGCUGAAUCCAUUUGUUUAUCAACAACUCCAUACCCUACUGAGCAACUUGAAUCAUGCAAACAUGAUAGUGCACAGAUAUAUCAUAUAAUCAAAUUUUAUUUACUUAAAUUAGUUAUAUAAAAUCCAUAAAAUAUAGUUAUUGUACAUAAACAUUUGCCCUAACCAUAUUGAAAUAAUAAACAGAGCUCUUCAUUCACCAUUUUAUCAAUGUAUAUAUUGAAUAUAAGAUCAUUGUUGUAUAUUGAAUAUAAGAUUAUCGUUGUGUACUUGUUUAUAUUUAUGUGUUCGACCUUUGUACCACACUGCCCCUAUAUAGGGGCGCCCAAAUUGGCAAUACAGAAUUUUUUAUGUUG